AUGGCCCAGGAGAAGCCACCCGAGCCGAUCGCGAUCAUUGGCACCGCGUGUCGUCUACCCGGAGGCGCAUCAAGCCCUUCGAAACUUUGGCAACUGCUAAAGCACCCUCGAGAUCUGCUCAAAGACGUUCCACGCGAUCGGUUUCACUGGGAAGGUGUCUACCGACCAGACGGCCGCCAUGGAUCUGUCAAGACGCACAAAGGCUAUUUUCUGGACGAGAACAUCCGUGAAUUCGACCCGGUUUUCUUCAAACUAUCCCCUGCCGAGGCCGAAAACAUCGAUCCGCAGCACCGACUGCUCCUCGAGAACGUUUAUGAGGCCAUUGAGUCUGCCGGCCUCUGCCUCGAAGACCUGCAAGGAACCGAUAACGCAAAUUACGACGUAGAUGCAUCAUGUGGCCAGAUCUUGACCACCGGUACUGCCCGCAGCAUGGCUGCAAAUCGCAUCUCGUACACUUUCGACUUUAGAGGUCCUUCAUUGUCAGUUGACACAGCAUGCUCAUCCAGUAUGAUGGCUGUACACCUCGCAGUGUCUUCCCUGCGGCGCGGCGAAUCAACGAUCGCCUUCGCUUGUGGGGCGCAUCUCAUCCUCACGCCUAAUUCCUUCAAGUCUUUGAGUCGAAUGGGGAUGAUAAGCGGCGAUGGUCGCAGCAAAAUGUUCGAUGAAGCGGCCGACGGCUAUGGACGUGGCGAGGGUACAGCAGUGGUGUGCCUAAAACGCCUGGACGCUGCAGUAAGAGAUGGCGAUCCCAUUGAAUGCAUCAUCCGCGAGACGGGAACGAGUCAAGACGGAAGAACGAAGGGCAUCACGAUGCCGAGCGCGGAGGCGCAGGCUAAGUUGAUACGUGAGACCUACGCACGCGCUGGGCUGGUUCCUACUGAGGAAGGCUCACGCCCAUCAUUUUUUGAGGCGCACGGUACUGGCACCUUUGUCGGAGAUCCAAUCGAAGCCCAAGCCGUAGAAGCAGCUUUCUUCCCACCUGGCCGAGAGUAUGGCGAUGACGAGACCUUGUACAUUGGCUCAAUCAAGACGGUGAUUGGUCAUACUGAGGGUACAGCAGGGGUUGCAGGCCUUCUUCGAGCAGCUCUCGCCGUGCGGCACGCAACAAUUCCUCCCAACCUGCUCUUCCACCGCAUGAACCCUAAGGUACUACCUUAUAGCAAGCAUCUUCACUUGCCUACAGCUUCGAUUCGAUGGCCCACGUUGUCCAAAGGGUGUCCUCGUCGAGCAUCUAUCAACAGUUUUGGUUUUGGUGGAACCAACGUACACGUCAUCAUCGAGAGUUACAGUAAACCGCUAAAGAGCAUGUUCGCGAGCUCAUCGUCUCUCCAUUCGGCCGACGUGCCUCUAUUCACACCCCUCACAUUUUCGGGCGUAUCCGAGCGUGCGCUCGCGGCGAAUCUUCAAGCGUACAUUGCAUUCCUUCAGGAACACCGAGCUAGCAUUCAUCUCCAAGAUCUGGCCUGGACUCUACAGUAUAGAAGGUCUCAGUUCGAUCAUCGUUGCGCUAUCGUGGCAUCCAGCGUAGACGACCUCGAAGCCAGCCUUCGGCAAACCGUUUCGGCAGACGACCGUGAGAAAUGCCCUGGCUUCUAUGUGUACGACAAUCGGCGACCAGAGUCGCAACCUCGAAUCAUGGGCAUUUUCACGGGUCAAGGUGCGCAGUGGGCCACUAUGGGCAAAGAGCUUCUUGAACAGUCAUCUUGGGCGCGGACGGUCAUCGCAAAGCUAGAUGACGCGCUUGCUUCUUUACCGGAGGCCGACCGACCGGGUUGGAAGAUACAAGAAGAGCUCAUGCUUGAUAGCAAAAGGUCCCGCAUUAACGAAACACUCUUCGCUCAAACCCUUACGACAGCCGUACAAAUACUGUUGGUUGAUCUUAUCUCACUUGCUGGCCUUCGAUUCCAUACCGUUGUUGGGCAUUCUUCCGGCGAGAUUGCAGCUGCUUACGCAACGGGUCUGAUUAAGGCCAAGGACGCAAUCCGCAUUGCAUACUAUCGAGGGCUGCACUCACAGCAAGUCAGCAGCGAAAACGGCGAAUCUGGCGGCAUGCUUGCCGCAGCUCUAUCCGCGGUCCAAGCAGAGGAGUUCUGCUGUCGGCCACAAUACGCCGGUCAUCUCGUCGUUGCAGCUUUCAACAGCCCUUCUCUUGUAACCAUCUCUGGGGACAACACGAUGAUCACUCGAGCUACAGCUGAGCUCGAAGGCAAUGGUAUCUUUGUGAGGCGGCUGCAAGUUGACAAGGCCUAUCACUCAGAACAUAUGCGCCCAUGCGCCGCUCCUUACUUGCGAUCAUUGAGGCAUCUCCAGAUGACAAGCCUCGAAUUGAACGAACGUUGUCCGUCAUGGUAUUCGAGUGUCUUCCCUGGCAAACGUGUCGAAGCUGCCGAGCAGCUGGGACUUGCAUACUGGAUUCAAAACCUGCUAUCUCCUGUUCACUUUUCAUCUGCUGUUGACACUGCCGUUUCGCAGAAGGGCGUUCCUAAUCUGAUCCUCGAGAUUGGACCCCAUCCCACGCUGGAAAAAGCAGUCCGUCAAAUUUUUGGCGUAGACACUUCGACUGUCAUCAAUUAUACCGCCCUACUCAGACGUGGAAUUGGCGCUGUCAAGUCGUGUGCGGAGGCACUUGGCUAUGUCUGGACAAAGUUUGGCAGAGAUGCUGUGGAUUUUGCCAGUUUUGAUGCUGUUUUGUCAAACCACAUGACAUUGCCGAAGCAGUUGAAAGAUCUCCCGGCGUACCCCUGGCAGCAUGAUGGCGAGUAUUGGUGGGAGAACCGUUUCCUGCGAAAGCGAUACCAGUCGACCAUGCCACCAAUUGAACUUCUUGGUGAGGAGUGGGAGAUAGGGGCAUCUCACGAGUCAAAGUGGCGCUCCUUCCUUGAUCCUCAGGAGAUACCUUGGCUACUCAAGCACCGACUGAAUGGUGUCGCUGUUCUCCCAGGCGCAGCUUACGUCGCCAUGGCGUCCACUGCUGCUCGACGCAUUUUCAAGGACCAAGUCAUUAUCAUGAUCGAGAUUCAAGACCUUCGAUUCGAUCUUCCAAUCGUGUUUCCGGACGAGAACACUUCCAUCGAAACUGUCCUUACCAUCGUCAAGAUCGAUCGAUCCCAGAAUGAUGCCCACGCAGAGUUCUACGUCGACUUCUGUAGUCAUCCACGCAACGACGAGCUCAUGACUGCAGCAGGAGGGCGAAUUUACGUACGCUUCGGGUUCGAUGCUGACAGGGCUUCCCCCGAGGCUCUGCAAUGUCCAUCGAAUCUGACCACUGUCGACCGUGACUACUUCUACCGGGCUCUCUCAGAAGCUGGCUAUGGUUACUCUGGACAGUUCAAAGCAAUUAAAGAUAUUCAGCGCAGGAUCGACUUCGCUACUGGCGAAAUCGCUGCGCCUUAUAGCGAUCUCCUCAUCCACCCUGCAACGUUAGAUGGCCUCUUCCAAGCGUCUUUUGCAGCCGAGAACUAUCCAGCUGAUUCUGCGAUGCCAAACUUUCGUGUCCCUGCUUGCAUCAGAUCGAUCAAACCAACUAUUCCGAUACGAUUCGAUGUCCACAGGACCGCUUUCUUCGAGUAUGCAGGAGCGAUUGGGCGCUCAUCCGAGGCGGGUAUCCUGUGCCAAAUGGAGGGUCUCGUUACAGUACCUUUCCGUCUCUCGACAGCUGAAGAUGAUCUCACCAUGUUUCGAGAGGUCACAUGGAUCCCAGAGCAUCCGCAUCACCUAUUGCAGGACAACUGUGCGUCAGACCCACGCACACAAGAUGUUGAUCUUGCGCUUGCAUGCCAGCGAGUAGCUUUCUACUAUCUUCGACAACUUCUCGACUAUGCAGUCCCUUCACUCGGGCAGCAAGCGUCACCAGUCUUACAUCUCAUCGAAUUCGCACGAUUGACAGUCGUUGAUGCUUUGCUUGGCAGACACUCUUCAAUCCAGGCAAGAUGGCUAAAAGAUGACAAGGAGACCAUAGACGCGAUUAUGGCCCAUCAUGCAAACUCGGUGGACCUACAGUGCAUUGAGCUAAUGGGUACUGCUUAUCCUUCAAUCAUGGCUGGCAGAGAGACUGCAGUUGACGUUCUUUUUCGAGAAGAUCAUCUGCACCGAUUUUAUCGUGACGCCCUUGGGCUCCCAGAGACGAAUCGAGUUCUCUCUAGCUUCGUUGCAGCCUUGACUAGUCAGUCUCCUGAUGCACGAAUCCUCGAAGUCGGUGCCGGGACAGGUGCUUCAAGUGAGGCAAUCUUGUCUUCGACAAUCUGCGCACAAUACGUCUUUACCGAUGUGUCUUCCGCAUUCUUUGGUCCGGCUAAGGAGAAGUUGAAGCGCUACCAUGACACAGUCAGCUAUCAAAUAUUCGACAUGGAACGAGAUCCUCUCGAGCAAGGCUUUGGCACCGAGUCAUUUGACGUUGUCAUUGCAUCGAACGUGCUACAUGCCUCGAGCGAUGUCAAAGCAGUGCUACGACAUAUACGUUCACUUCUGCGACCUGGUGGCCACCUUGUUUGCGUCGAACUUGCCGAUGGACAUUUGCUAAGCAACACUGUUAUCAUGGGCGGCCUACAAGGUUGGUGGCUAGGGCACGGUAAAGAUCGUUUCUGGACACCUGCCCUAUCCGAAAGUCGAUGGAGUGCUUAUCUGAAAGCAACAGGCUUCUCAGGGUUCGACUGCAUCACGCCGGCUGCGGACCUGAUAGUACGUCCAUACCGCAUCUUCUACUCACAAGCGAUGGAUGAGCGAGUGCAAUUGCUACGCGAUCCAUUGCACUUCUGCAGGGACCGAAAAGAGGAAUCCUUGUUGGUCAUCGGAGACGAACCGAUCGACAAUCCUGGUCUAGUCGCCCAGAUUGUGUCCCUCCUUUCGCCAUUCUUUGGGCAAGUGCAGCGACUGAAGAGCCUAGAUGGUGUUAGCAAGUGCAGCACUGUGCCACACACCGUCCUCUCGCUUGCCGAACUAACACAGCCUUUGUUCAAGAGCAUUACUGCGCGAGGUUGGUGUGCUCUUCAAGCCCUUCUCGGCCAGACCUCGAACGUGACCUGGAUCACGUCACGAUCUACCUUGCCAGAGGUUGUCUCUGACUGCUACUCCAAUAUGACAGUUGGUCUAAUGCGGACGGUCCGGAACGAGCUACCUCACCUCAAUAUCUCGGUCGUUGAUAUCGAAGGUGCUGAUCGAGUCACGGCCGAAUAUCUUGCCAAUGCAGUACUUCGACAGUACUUGGCUUGCCAUUGGGAGUCGACGGGCACUCUCGGGAAUCUCAAAUAUACCCAACAUACGGAGAUGAGCCUAAGGGAGGGUGUUACCUAUGUGCCCAGCAUUCGGCUGUCCUUACAGUCCAACGACAGGUACAAUUCUCGCCAUCGAAAGAUACAAGAGCAUCUAAACCCUUGUAACCGGCCGAUCGAGGUUGAAUAUAAGCGUUCGAUCGCACAGUACGUGCUUCGUGGCGUACCGCAAGCGCCGUCUCGACUCAACAUGGAACCGACUGUAUUGGUGACAGUCCAUCUCUCUACCCUGUUCGCAAUCAGGAUCAAGCAUGUUGGUUCUUACUUCCUCAACGUUGGCAUUAGCCAAAAUGGUGCAAGAGUCGUCGCGCUUUCUGAUGCUUGCCGCUCAAGGCUCGAAGUACCUCAGAAGCUGGUGUUCAUAGGCCACGCUAUACAACAAAGCGAAGAAGAUCACUUGCGGCAUGUCUCCGCGCACUUUGUUGCUGAACGCGUGGUGGGCUCAUCUCGCUGCACUGGCACUAUCGUGGUCCUGGUCGCCGAUCCGCUUUGGAUGUCCACCAUCCAUGCGAAAGCUGCAAAGCAUGGAAAAAGGAUCCUCUUCAUAACGAGCCAAUCAACGUUCGAGCAGGAUCGAGCUACCUUUGUGCAUCACAACAGCCUGGACCUCAGUGUACGACAAAAGCUCCCAGUCGAUGCCUCGCUCAUUGCCAACGCGUCAACAUAUCAUGAUGACGAGGUACUCUUCAAUCGUGUAUGCUCCGUGCUACGUCGCACUGGCGUGAAGACUCGCAACAACGAUGCAUUCUUCGAAAGGAAGUCGACCGGCGAUGCCUCUGGCCGCGGUCUUGGACGAUGUCACAUUACUGCUGGGACAUACUUGAACACGAUGACAACAAUGUCCACAGACAAAGUUACACCAGCUAGCGUUGUGGAUCCUCAGACUGCCGCUGAACACCUCACUCAUGGCCCUUCUACUUUGGUCGACUGGACUGUGAAUAAGACAGUGCCGGUCACAAUUCUGCCAGCGACUAAAGACGUGAGAUUCAAUCCUGAAAAGACCUAUCUCAUUAUCGGCAGUAGCGACAUCGCUCGUGCUCUGUGUGAAUGGAUGAUCGAUAGUGGCGCAAGAUUCAUCGUUGUUGCCAGCCGGAAUCCUGACCAUGCUCAGGACUGGGCCCGAGGCCUGGCCUUGAAGGGCGCUUCUGUACGCAUCGUGUCCGUGGACGUAACAGACAGGACCUCGGUUCGCAGAUUCUUGGCUUCAGCACGAGAUGGCGCUGUUGGUCGAGAAAGCAUGCCACCCAUUGCUGGUGUGAUGCAUCUUGCGCUUGUGCUCCGCGAUGCUGCGUUUAACAACAUGACACACGAAGAUCUCAAAAUUGUGACCGAUGUCAAAGCAAAUGGUAGCCUUAUCUUGCACGAUGAGCUGAAAGAUGAGAAUCUGGAUUUCUUCAUCAUGACUUCCAGCAUCUCAUACAUUGCGGGUAACCGCGGCCAAGCCAACUAUGCUGCGGGCAACGCCUUCAUGGUUGGCCUUGCAAAGUACAGACGCUCUUUAGGACUGCCUGCAUCGGUAGUACAUCUCGGCCACGUCAGCGGCAUCGGCUACGUCCAGCGCAAUGCCAACGACGAGACACCUUUAAGAAGCAUCACAGAGCUCCGCAAGACUGGUCUGUACCCCAUCUCCGAGCGAGACCUUCAUCAUAUCUUCGCAGAAGCCGUCCUUGCAAGCCCUUCAAACUCAGGUACCGGACCUGAGAUCAUUACUGGCAUCAGAAAUGUGGACCCUGAAGUGCUGGAGCAGUGCACAUGGGCAAAUGCUCCAAUGUUCGCACAUCUCAUGACCAAACCCAGUCGUGCGAAUACCUACUCGGCACCUGAACGCCAGGCAUCACACCGUCGGCAAUUAAGCAAACAACUGGCCGCGCCAUCAGCCUCCUCUCCUGAUGAGAUUCGCGCCAUUGUGACGGAAGCACUGUCACGCAAGCUCGGCGUUCUGCUUCAGAUGGACAAGAUUGACGAGAAUCGAAGCUUGCUAGAUCUAGGCAUCGACUCGCUCGUCGCGGCAGAGAUCGGCAGCUGGGCGAGGAAAGAGCUCAGAGUGCAGAUUCCAAACUCACUUAUCUUUGGUGGAGCGAGCAUGAAGGAGGUCGUUGAUGUGGCGGUCAGGCAUCUGGACCGAGGUUGGGUGAGAUUGAAGGGCUCCAUGGUGGGUGAUGCCAACGGAAAUUCAGCGCGAGGAAGUGUUGAAGGCCCUGGUGAUGAGUGACACGAAGGCGGGACCAGCCGUUUCCCGGAAGCGUACGGACGGUGAGGUUAUGGGUUUCCUUAGCUGUUUGCGUUUCCUUUUGACUUGUCUACUUCUCGCACAGCGGACACUGGCGGUGUCUGCUUUGCUCUCUUGGAAUGACUCCAUAUAUCAUCUCUC